AUGGAACACUCUUCACCUCUCGCUGCGAUGCAGCCUCCGUCGGUCAUGUUUGGCCAUUGCUUUCGUUCAGAGGCCUCCACUUAUCCCCUGGGCUCAAUGUCUGGAUUCGGUGGGAACCCGUUCAAUUUCAAGGAAUUGUCUAUGAAGAAGUCUACUUCGGACUACUUCAACCUGAAACCCAUUCGAGGAUCAUCCCCAACUGCCAGUCUGGCGGCGGACCUGUCUCAGAAUUUCCACAUUGAUCAGAGUCCUCAGUUGGCCACACCACGCCGGUCUUUGUUCACGGCCAGUAUGCUUGGUCAGGUCAAUGGACGAGAUGAUGUGAUGACCACCCCGCCGCUCCCAUCUUCUUCACCAGCUCCGGCUAUGGACCUGAUGGAUAUGUCGCCUCUGCCUCACAAGCCCGCAUUUUUUGUCACAGCAGAGAUCGAGAUCCAGUCGCCGACACCCGGGGGCAGUCCUAUGGAAUCACCCAUGGUGUCUCCGCUACCAAGCCCUCUUCAAGAGUCGCCCAUGGAGUCGCCUUUAUGCCCAACUGAAAAGCGACCUAACUUCCUGCGUCCGAGUCUGGCUAGAAGCAAGGCUCAGUCUUUCCAGCUUGGAUUGACCCGGCCGGCACCAGAGAGCAAAGCACCCCCCUUCCGAUUUGGAACCGGGGCCAAGACCACUCUGAGCACGUCCACUUCCCUGGAAGAUAUGUUUGGGGAUUCGCCCCCCCAUGAGCGUUCAAUCUCGCGCAACAAUUCUUCCACUCACCUGGCGCCGCCCCGUAUGCGGCCAUCCCUCCAGCAUGCCCGUAGCAGCGGCUCGCCCGUUCCCUGUUCAAUUCGCAAACCCGCUCACUCGAUGAUGCGUCCUCGCAAGCAAUGCCGACGAUCAUUGAGCAUGUUUGAGAACCCAGCAGAUGUUAUUGCCGAUAAAGAGGCCAAGGUAGCGACAAAUACACCCGUCCAGUCCAUCAGUGACAUUUCGAGUCCGCCCAGCAUGAAGCUGCCUCACUUCAUCCCUGAGGAUCGCGCGGACUCUCUGCCUCGCAUCGACAAGAGCACUCUUCUGGAACUCAUGAAUGGAAAAUUCAAUGAGCAUUUCGAUAACAUUCUCAUCAUUGACUGCCGCUUCGAGUAUGAGUAUGAGGGUGGCCAUAUCAAUGGUGCAUUGAACUAUAACGACAAGGAACGCCUCGCAGGUGAACUCUUCAAUGCCCCCCAGGCUCGCACUGCGCUUGUCUUGCACUGCGAGUACUCUGCCCACCGGGCUCCCAUCAUGGCCAAGUACCUGCGUCACCACGACCGCGCUAUCAAUGUUGAUACUUACCCUAACCUGUCAUAUCCUGAUAUGUACAUUCUGGAUGGUGGAUACAGCUCGUUCUUCGCUGAACAUCGCUCUUUCUGCUUCCCUCAGAACUAUGUCGAGAUGAGCGCCAAGGAGCACGAAUUUGCCUGCGAGCGUGGACUUGGCAAGGUCAAGCAGCGCUCCAAGCUGAACCGCGCCCAGACUUUUGCCUUUGGUGAACAAUCACCCCAGAUGGAGGACAGCCCAACCGGACGUUGCCGACUUGGCGAGGAUCGAAACCGCUACCCAAGCUCUCCCUUUUCUCAAAGCCCAGUGCCUGUUCGGACCCCUGGCCGUCGCAUGCUUUCCUACUAA